GUGUCAUUGUUAUUAUUAUUACUAUUUUAGGUUCAUAGUGCACCAGAAGUGCUGGAGACAUCUUACAAAAGAAAAGGCCACCAGCCUUACACACCACCCUGUGGAGUUCCUUUAGUUUCUGCUUGGAGACUACACGUCAGUUACAAUGGAAGAAGUAUACAAAGUUACUUCUACAGAGAAGCUGCUGCACAUGGAAAAGGAGCUUGCUUCAUGGUUAGCUGAGCUGAAGACAGAGAUUGAAGAGAAUGGGGUGCUGGAAGGAACACCUUCUAGAGCCUACAGUUCUGUACGUAUUCCAAAAGAUAUCUCCUAUUUCAGGAAAGAAAGGGAAUUGAAAUUAAAAAGGGGCUUGCAGGUGGCCCAAGCCAAGUCAAUUGCCAUCAAGGCUCAGGUUAUGAAAAGAGAGGUAGACAGCUGUUUAAGCCGUGAAUACACACCAGAGAGCCUCCCACUGUUACUACACCAGUUUUUCACAGAUCGGAGUUACCAGCUGUCUCAGUGCAAAUACCUCCACAUGCUGAGAUGGAAGAGAUUCUGUCAGCACUCCAGUGUUAUUGAACAACUCUAUCCAGAUUACAAGAAACACAUUGGAAACAUCAUGAAGGAAUAUGAUGAUUCUGUUCAGAGGGCUCGAAGACUUGCUGUGGCAAGAGAAAAUCUCUUUACUGGGAAAGGGACAUCAAGCGGUGCUGCAACUGUGGAAGAUGUGGUGAUUUACCUUCAGUGGCUAGUAUGCCACUUUCACUCUGUCAAGACCAUUCAUAGCUAUCUGCAGGUGCUACAGUACCUCCCUUUGUCUGAGGAGCUCAUAACAAGCAUUUCAAGUUCAGAUGGAUUUGAGGACACCAGUGACAACAUCAUCCUGAGCAAUAAUACAUCUAUCCUAAAAUCAUUGACCCUCCUCUGUACUCCUGUAUCUAGUCAAAGUGGAUUUACAGGUUUGCACAACGGCAGUUCUUCUCUAGUGCCGCCAUUGCACCAGCUGGAGGUGGAACAGUUUAAACUUCAACUGCAGUCUUUGGUGUUUCACUUUGAGAUUGAGUACAAUAUGGAAGACCUUAUAAAUACUGCUAAUGAAAUGGAAUUGUUUACAUUGGUGGCUCGCAAGUUCAGAACAGUUUUUGAGAAGCAAGAAAUCAUGAAAACAUUCCCACUCUAUGGUGCUUCUGAAUCAAGAAAAAAACACUGGGGGAUGAAGAAACCAAGUAUGGCACUUAAAAAAGAGGCAAACUGGAUCGAUUUUAUAAAGGGCUUGAGCUCGAAGGCAGCUUCUCAGGCACCUGCUGUGAUAGACAGCAAGUAUUGCCAUGUUCUGUGCACUGUUCAUCACCAAGAGGUGUUGCCACCUCUGAGGCCUCUUCUUGGACCUCACACUCUCUACAUCCUGGUCCAAUAUUCCUGCCAACAGCAGUGUUACAUGCUCUGUAAUGCUGGCACUCCAAUAACAGCCAAGCAGGAUCCCUGGCAGCAAAAAAAUAUUACAAAAUUAAAGCAACUGAAAUCUGUAGAUGAACUUUUGCAAUUGCAAACCAGGUUUUUCAAGGUGUCUAAUCCACAGAAAGUGAUGGAGGCUUUGAGACAACAUGCAGCUACUUUAUUUGAUCCAGUGCCUGUGCAGUCCCUGUCAGUGACAUCACAUCCUUCAGGACGACAAACCAAUCAGAUAUGGAAAAAAAUAUACAACUCACCAGAUCUGCAUCAGGAACUCCAAAAGAAAGAAGAUGGAUUAUCUGUAGAUGUUAAUGAACAAAGUGCAAGAAAUGUCAAAGUGAACAAGCAGUCAGGUUCACAGAAUAAAAAGAAUGAGAAUGGCUAUAGUUACAUGGAAACACUGCAAUUGCUGGGUUUAGAUGAAGGAAAAGAAGAGAUCAAUAAUGACCCUGUUUCAAUGAGAGGAGCCUAUUUGUCUUUGCUUUACCUGCGACACUUGCGAAUUAGGGAAUUACAGCGCUCAUGUCUCAGCAUUCUAAAUUAUUUCCGAUCUGUUGAGAGAACCCUUACAAUAAAUAGUGUAGGUCUCAGACCUGAUGGAAUUGGCCUGACCAGAAACAAAGAAGAUUCCAGAUGGAUAAAUGCAGCAAAAGGUGGUAGUGGUGUUCCAGGGGGUUUAAGUUCUGAACAAUAUCUUCAUUAUUCACCUGUUGAUUACAAGGUCCACUGUGCUGAAUUUAUGGAGUUUUCUGAUAUUGAAAACCAUGAUGACUUCUAUACCUCUGAAGGUGGUGAUACCCAUAUACAGGAUCAGAAUGGAAUGUACAUCAUAUAUGAUGUUGCUCUAAAAGAUAUGAAGGAUUUGGAAGAGAUACUUAUCAUCGUUGCAUCUCAGUUCAUUCGGAGAGACAAAGGAGAUAAAGAAUCUGCUCGCCCUGAUCUAGAAGCUUGGGCUCAGGUUGAUAUAGAUCGAUUUGCUGUUAUUCUGGAUCUGUGGUCCUGUGAACUUGCCUUUUUGAAAAAUAAACAGCAGCUUGUUGAUUGCUAUUUUGAAGCCUAUCAGCAUGUGUUCGAUCCAGAAGAACAAUUUACUUUGGCACAGAUUAUAACUGACAUCAUGCACAAGAGACCCAGAUUUGAUUUCAACUCUGGUUACUUUGUUGCAACUUAUGAGGCUGAAUGUGAAUGUCUGCAAUAUCAAGAGCAGCUGAUUCAGGAAAUCCUCUCGAAGCAGAUUGAUGAACAGCGACAGUACCUCCAAAAAAUAUGGAGAGAUGGUCAAAAAUGCAGUGUUUAUGAAUUUGGCUUACCACCUAAUUUUGUCCCAAAACAACCAAUUUCUGUAAAUAAUAGUUGCCCAGCUUUAAAGAGUGUAUUUCUUCUGGAAUUUCAUCCCAGCCUUGGCCUGGCUUCCCUUAUUUUCAAGGCACUCAGUCAGGCAUAUUAUGAACUCUGCCAGUUUCACAGACCUGUCUCAGUCAGUGCAAAUAUUGCCUUAGAGAAGCGACUUUUGCAGGUAGCUCUUGAGAAGCUACACAAUCUGGAGUCACCUGGAUAUUCUUACAGUAUACAGAUCCAAAAAGAUUUGUUCUCAGAUACUCUUUUUGAAGACCCAUUUUUUGUUAGAGAUAUUGCAUUUUGUGUCCUCGAUUCAGCUGAAGGAGAUGGGAACAAGCAAGGUAAAGAAAAGCAGGCUUUCACCAUGGACACCUUCUGCCGACUGUUGGAACUUGUAACAAUCCGACACCGUCUAAUAGAGGCCUCGUCUGAAACUGCACAUUUAGCUCAGCUGUACAAAAUGUUUUCUGCUGAGAUGGGGUUUGAUGAAUUUCAUCUGUACCUGCGACCUGUGCAGUUUGAGUUUGCAUCUCACAAAGAGAAAGCAGAUCAGCCCCCUCCAGUUUUCAUCACUGCUUUGUUGGAAGAUGACAGCAGUGUGGACAGAUACACACCAUCUAGUUUUCUACUAGGAAUCCAUGAAAUUGAUGAAAACCAAAUUGGAAAAUUUAGUUUUCGAACACAGGAAUCCAUUGUUCAGCUUUUGUCUCCAUCAGGAUUGGAAAAUAUGCAAGUUGUCCUAGCCUGUCAGGUCACACAGAAAAAUAUCUUAUUUAGUGCAGUGCAUCUGGCUGCUGUUUGUUUCCAGAGCUGCCCUACUCAAGUAGAAAACUUGAAGGUGCAAGAUAAACAGUCAGGGUCACAGAACAGAAGCAGAGAUAGCUCAGCAAGUGGACGACACUCUAGAGCUGCAAAAGAUUCUGAAUCUCAGGCAUCAUCCUCCGUUGUAAAGCAUCCAGCCAGGCCCACAGCUACUAGCAGAAGAAGGCCACCUGAAGCAUUUGUUUCAGUUCAGUUAGAGAAAAUCGGUCCACGUGAUGUAAUGUUGAACACAUUUAUUACCAAGAAGCAAAUGAUGGGAACCAUUAUGAAAAAUCCUGAAGAAGUAGAAAAAGUCAAAAGGGAACUGAUAAUUGAAUUCUGUCAAAAGUUCAACUGGCGAAUGUCUCAGUACUCCCUGAGGAGCCAAAUUAUUGAAUAUUAUCACAACCUGUGGGCUCUACUUGAUGACAUUCCCUCAAUCCGGGACACCCACUUCAUGCAGGGACUUCCAAAUGAGAAGAAAGGUGAUAGAGAUUCUGAGCAAGGACUUCAUUCAGACCCAAGGCUGUUUCAGCAACGACCACGCUGCCUGCUGUCUGCAGAUGGGAAGAUGUUCCUCAACCUAUGGUUUAUCCCACAUUUUACUGAUGUCCUAAUCAUGUUCAAAUCAUUGGAGGAGACAGCCUGUCACAGAGCACUGCAGCAAACACUACAGAUUGUAGCAGCAUUCCAUGACAUUGUGUCUUAUGUGGUUGGCUUUGCUCAUCUCGGAAGUUACUCUGCUGUUUAUACUUCCAGAAAACAUGAGAGACUGACUGCUGACUGGGGAGGAACUGAAGGAAUUGGAGCUGAGCUUCAGGAGAUCCAAAAACAAAUAGAUGCUCUGCGGGAUCCAACUAAUCCUCAAGAAGUCAGCAAGUUGCUGCAGCUUCGCAGAGAGGUGCUGUUCUUACAGUUUGAUGCUGCCGUCCAACACUUAAUCAGAGAAGCCUUUUUAUCCUCUGGUAAUAUUGAAUCCUACAAGGCAGUAACAGACAACAUGUCCCAUGCUUUGCCGGAUCUCAGUAACUCACUCAUUAGCAGUAUAUACAGCUCUCAGAUGAAUGUACCUGAGCCUCUAUUUCCAUCUGGUUCUAGGGCUCAGCAGAUGUAUCCAUGGAGAACUUUCUUGGCAAAUCAUGGAGAAUUUCCA